CAACUCUAUUCACCCCCCUCUAGAGUUGCACGUCUUGUCUAACAAUUGGUAUCAGAGCGGGUAUCUCUAACGCUCUUAGUGACGUUUGAGAAAACGAUCAAAUUUUUUUUGAGAAUGUUGAACGCAGGGAUUAGAGAAGGGCAAUCCACCGAAAGACCACCGUUGUUCAAUGGAACAAAUUAUUCAUAUUGGAAAGAGAGAAUGAAAAUAUUCAUUCAAUGCAUUGAUUACAAAUCGUGGAUGAUGAUCAACAAUGGACUUUGUCUUCCAACAAAGAAGGUUGGCAAGAAAAGAGUCCUCAAACCCGAAGAGGAGUACACAGAUGAUGAGCUCAAAACGGUAGAACAAAACGCUAAAGCUCUACACCUUCUUUAUUGCACCAUCAACGUGGAAGUAUUCCAAACCUUCUCGGGAUAUGUAUCGGCGAAGAAGUUAUGGGACGAUCUUCAAGAGAAAUAUGAAGCUCUUGAAGAAGCAAUGGAAGAAUCCCAAACUUGCUUCAUGGCAAAUGAAGAAAAGGAGUGGGAUGUAUUUACAAAAGUCGCUAUUUUGAUUCCAAGCCUAUUCAAUUCCCUUCUGAUCUCUACCGCGAUAUUCUUUGCGCCUAAUCUCAAAUCGAUCGAUUGCCACAUAUAUCUUAGCGCUAUUCUCAGCUUUCAAUCGCCUGCUCGAUCAAUAGAGUUCAUCAUCUCUAUAUAAAUAGGCACACAAAACGGGCUAGACCCAAUACAAUGAUUAGAGCCCAAUACAACAAAAUAGCAUACCGUCAAGCCGGGGUCGACUCCGCCCCCCGGACCCCAGGCAAGGGGGCGUCGCCACCCUUGACCCCCUGACUCGCUGACCGAAGAGUCUACAGAUGGUUUGGAAGGAGGCAGAGGCACACUCUUUGAUCGAGCAUUAGUAAUUCUUGUUUCAGCCUUUCCUUUUUUUUAAAUUAAAAUUACAGAAACGCCGCAUGGAGUUUCCGAGACGACUCCAGGUGUGCCCGUUUCGUGUCGGCGUGUCCAAGGUGUCUGAAACGAGUACUACAGCCUAUAUGGAGUUUCCGUGCAACAUUCCAGGUAUGCUUGCAAAUCAAUUUCCUUUUAACACAUAAGCAUAAUUUCUAUUUUUAUCUCAUUUUGCUAAAGAGAGAUGUUUGUGCUAAAAAAAGAGGGAUAAAUUUAUUUUUAAUUUAUCUGGAUGCCUUGCCACUACUCUCCAAGGUGUAUGCUUAUUCUUAAUUAAAGUAGUCAUUAUGUUGAAUUUUGUCAGUCCUCGUAUAAUUGGAUCUUUAAAUUGCUUAUGACUAGAUUCUAAAAGAUGCCAAGAGUUUUUUGCUCAUAAAUGUUUACAAGUCCACAUGUGAAAACGAGAAAUAUGCAUCCAUAAGGAAAAGGUACACUAAAAAAACAUGCCUUGUCUUCACUGCUCUGUCAACUCCAUAUCAUAUUCUUCACUUGCUAUACUCUCUUUGUUCUUAAAAUGCUUAAUGAAUGAGGAGUAAACUGGCCCCAUGACCUUCUUUCUUAAGAUUCUUUUCUUGGUUGUAUUAAAUGAUAGAAAUGAAAUCUUGUGUGUCUGUAUGUGCGUGCGUGUGGUACACUUGCUAUUCAUUUCAAAGGAGAAAGGAUGUUAAACUUACUGUGAGUUUAGUUUAGAGUCUUACUAUAUAUAUAUAUAUCAAUUAUGUCUACUGUCUAGUUCUCUUCUAUUUAUCACAUCAAGAUAUGAUUAUGUAAUUCCUGAACUAAAAUAUAUAUUCUUAUAAAUUUAUAUAUAAUUUAUACUUUAAUAUCCAUUCUUGUUCCACUUACUAUAAGACCAGCAUGGUCCAACAGAUGCUGAUAUUCCUGAGAUGCAAUAAACUUAAUGAUUUCAUUACAAUGAUGAAGCUAAUGGUAUUAAUGCACUUAAAGAGUACAACCUUAUAAUCUAUUAUAGGAAAGCUAUCUUGAAGAACACAAUUAAUUAUGCAUGAUACACUGGAUUCAGACCAAGCUUGUUUUUAUAGAAUUAGGGAGAUGAUUGACGAAGAUGUACUUCAUACACGGGUUCCCGUUAUUGCAGUUUCUAUCUUGCCUAUUAUAAGCACCCAAAUUUUGAUUCUAGGCCUUGAAAGAGUCUCUAUGCAAGUAGGAACUCCCUCUUGAAGUUUGUCUCCAACAUUAUUUCACAAUAUAAUAUCUCUUUCUUUUUUCACAAUAUCGUGGACAUAUUCCUCUUCUUCACAAUACCCGGUCAUCACUUGAUUUCAUAAUAUCUCUCUUUGCUAAAAAAAAGAAGAGGAAUAUGUCUAUUGAGUAAUAAUGUCUACUAUUCAGAAAGAUAUUCGUUAUUAGGUUUUAAUUUCUUGGUGAAGAGAAGUGUUUUUAAAGUUUGUAGUAGGCUUUGGACAUAAGAGCUUCAUGUGCUUCUGAUCGAUCAAUAUGUUAUGGAGCAAUUGGGAUGAAGAGUGAAAAUAAACUAUGUUAAAGUUCACUUUGCAAUAGUGGGAAACCUAUAAUUUUUGCUCGACAUCUAUUUUAGCAAUCAUUAUGUUUUUAGUAAACAUAUGUUCUCACC